AUGGCCGGGCCCUCGGUUUGCUCUUUCUGCAAUCGGUGGUGGAGCACAUCAGGGGCACCUAUUUGUGGUCUUUGCAGAAUUGCACGGGCCGUAGCUGCCCUACCGCUUGACAACCGAGUUAACAAUACAAACUACGAUUUGGCCACCUCUAUUCUGGAACGUGCUUUGGGGGAGGUGAAUUCUUGGUUGGCUGUCCCGUUGGCAGAAGCCCAAGGGACUGUGGAGAACAUUCCUUCUCCUCCUGGAUCGGGAGCUGUUGAAGGGGAUUUGCACUCGGGAGAAGACUCUCCUAGAUCAAGGGACUUGGGAAAGGACAAGAGGUCAGAUCGUCAACAGGAAAGGCGGGCUGAAAGAAGGGAGGUGAAGCGACAACCGCCUCCACCACCACCUGAUUCGCCGCCCGGCAGCCUCAAGGGCGCUGGCAAAGUCCAAGCCAAAGGUGAAAGCCGAAAGCUCAAGAAGCCAGAUCCGGGUACUCACUGGGUUGCGGUAGAGAACUUCGAGAUCAAAAUUGGUGACCAGCUCCACCUGCGGGGCACCUAUAAGGGGAAGCCAGCAGAAUGCAUUGGGCAAGUGCAAGCUUUGGUUCAGGAUACCGAAGGUUCAUGGAUGCGCCUCUCCCUCACUGGAAGCCCCAACCCGGAGAUACAAGAGUGGAAACAAGCUCCCACAGGAGAGUUCUAUGCGAAUCGCAAACCCCUUGUGAAACCUUUGAGCACCGAGGUCGAGGGGUUGUUUUGUGUUCAAGACGUGAGAGAAGUAGACCCAACCUUAGAGUGGAAGUCAAAUCUGGUAGAUCUCAUUCGCCACGGCGCCGGAUUGCAGGGCUUGGAAGCUCUAGCCCAGGAUUUGGGGUACGGAUCGGGAGGGAUAGGACCCAUGGCCCCUCCUGUGCCCGAAGCCCGCGCUCCCGUAGAAGAACAAACCAAGAAGCUGAAAGGGGCCGCGCGCGUCAGAGCAAUGUUGAAACAGAGCCACUGGUCUUGGAGAAACUCAUCCCUAGACCCACUUUUCAAAAGGCCCAAAAUCAGCUUGAAAAGGAAGCGAGAGGCCAGCUCCGGCAGCUCCAUGUCGAAGCUGAGCCUCUCAGAAGCGGAGUCCGACCAGGAAGACUUGUUUCCGGAGGAAGCGCAGGCCAAGCAUAUCGCGCGGAAGUGUCCAGGCCUGUUAGCCCGGCAUGCCAUGCGGGCGGCUCACAACAGAUUGUGCAUGGGGGUGGGGGAGGAUGCAAGGAAUCGCGAGGCGCGGCCAGUUUUCGUCAAAUACUUUCGUCAGGUGUUCAGUCCCUCGUGCAACUCGCCCCCCAUGAGGAGGGAGUAUCUCACGUUAGCAACUUGCGUGGACUGUAUCGUCGAGGGCAGUGUUUUGAAGAUGGUGGACUACGCAGUCCAACGCAUGAAGGCGCUAGAGCAGAUAGCCCAAGGUGCCUCACCUCACCUCGCCAACCGACUGGAGUUGAUCCCUGCGGAGGUCUCCGCGCUGGCAUCCACCGAGGAAGCGCGCUCAGCCGCGCAGGAACAAAGGCGAGAGGACAAAGCCAGGUCCUCUUGGGCACCGCGCGGCAAGGGAAAGUGGGAUCAGCCCUGGGGGAAAGGAGCUUGGGAAGAGUCCAAUCCCAAAGGUCAAGGAGUGAAUGGUUCUCUAAUCGCAGUUCCGAUUGAGGACUAUUGGAAAAGUCGCAGCGUGAACGGCUAUGGUGAAGAGAUUCAUUCUGCGUCUUAUUUUGCGUGGGCCAACGUGAAACACAGCUUGCCCAGCAAAGAUGUGGCGGGGAUUCUUGAUGGGGCUGAGGUUUCAACAGGUGGUGUCAAAGAUUUUCUGAUGCACCCUGAAAAAUAUCUCAAGCCAGAGGCCACGCGAACAUGGAUGAAAUGCCCGAGGGUCAUGGUUAAGGAGGAUCAGUGGGAAGAGGUUUGCGCAGGCCUUGUGGAGAGAGGAGUUUGUGAUGUAAUUCCUGUCAGUGAGGUUCUGCAUGUGGAUGGCAAACCCAUCCUGGGCGGCCUUUUUGGCGUUCCCAAAAUGGAGGAGGCAGAUGGGGUUCCAGUGUUGCGUCUCAUAAUGGACCUUCGACCCAUCAACCAAUGCUUUGAAUCCAUUGCUGGAGACUUGGGAACCCUUCCCAUGCUUAGCCAACUCUUCCCCUUAGAAGUGUUCACGGAAGAGAAUGUCCUCUUGUCUUCGGAGGACAUAAAAGCCAUGUUUUACAUCGUAGGUUUGCCCGAAGUGUGGCGUCCCCUCCUAGCCUUCGGGAGGGAGGUUCCGUCAAGCCUUGCUAUACCAGGAGCAGGGCCCUGCGUGCUGUGCAGCCGUGUGCUUCCAAUGGGCUUCAUAAAUUCCGUUGCAGUCGCUCAAGCGUUGCACCGAGAGAUCGUCAAUUGCGCAGUUGAUAGGUUUGGCAUAAACCGAGAUGCCGAAAUCCGUCGUGAUCAACCGCUUCCCUCUAGUGCGACCGCUUAUCGCGUCUAUUUAGACAACUUCGAUGUGCUUGCAAAAACAAAUCGGGAGGCCUCUCUUCUCCUUGAAGGACAGCUGGGCCCCUUGGCGUCCGAACUUAGGCAAGUGUAUGAGGAGUUGAAAGUUCCAAUCAACGAAAAGAAAUCUGUAAAAUCCGGGCUGCGGGGUGAGAUGCAAGGAGCAUUGGUAGAUGGGGUGCAAGGCCUGGUGUACAUCUUCAGCUACCGGAGAUGCUUGAUGAGCUGCCUUAACGAGGUUUGGAGGUUCAUUGCAUCUUUUGAGGGUCACCUCCACCAAUGGAAGGAAAUCCCACAGGCAGUCAAACAGGAACUCUUUUGCAGCAUGUCGUUAACCCCUUUGGCAAUGAUGAACCUUCGAGCUCCCUAUGAUGCAAUGGCCACGGCCAGUGAUGCAUCAGAAUCGGGUGGAGGUUUGUCGUACACAAGCGGCUUGACACCGUUUGGGGCAGCAGCCUCAUUGAAGCCAGUUAGAGGGGUAACUCAUAGAACUCCGGAUGAUGAGCAGGUCCUGGUUGUUUCGGUGUUUGAUGGCAUUGCAGCGUGCCGUGUAGCCCUGGAUGUGGUGGGGGCCCAGGUGGCUGGCUAUGUGUCCAUCGAACCGGAUGCUGCCGCCAGGCGCGUGGUGGAAUCAGCAUUUGGGUCCACUGAGUUUGUUGAUGGAGUGCAAGAUGUUACAGAUGACACAGUGAUCCGUGAGUUGCUUGCAAAACACUUCUCUUGGGCAAAGGUUCAUGUCAUGCUGGACAGUGUUUCCUCGAUGCCAGAUGAAUACAGAGCACGCAUGACUAAAUCCAUUGGCUUGCUGCCUUAUCAAGUGGAUGCUCUAGGCAUAACGCCUUGUCGAAGGGCACGCUUUUUCUGGUUCGACUGGGUUGUCAAAGCAGAAGUAGGGGUCGCGAUCGCAACUCCUACGUCCACGUCAUCGUGGGAUUAUGGAAAGCUGGAUUUUCAUUUGGAUUGUCCCUCGGACGCAUUCCUGUCUCCAGGAUGGAAGUUGGCGGGAGGCACAUCAGAAAUCCUUUGUGAGGAUGAUGCCGGCCUAGGAAGCACAUCCGCCACACGAGACAGGAUUCCUUUCGAGCCCUGGCCGUCGGAUGUAUUCCUUGCGGGUGUCAUGGGCAGUGGCAUCACAAUGCUAACCCAAGUGGCGCACGGGCUGCGAUCGAACGGGAACAUGUCUUUUGAUGACAUCAACGAAGUUGUUCCUUGGUUUCAUGCGGCACUGAUCUGCGGGCAAAACUUAGAUGAGUUACAGCCCUUCAAGCCACGUCUGUUCAAGACACAUCAGCUCCACGAGAAGUUGCCGGAGGAUGCCAAGUUUGUUGUUCUAUUCCGUGACCCGCGGAAAAUCUUUCUGACUAGAUACCGCCGCUUCUGCAACAGCUCCUGGACUGACUAUGCUCGUGUUCCUCGGGGAGCCAUCUCCUUGGAAAAUUUUGCAGUGGGCAUCUUUGGACACGAGUCGAGCAACGAGGCAUGGAAGUUCAUGAGGUCAUGGAUCUCUUGCUGCUUGGGCAGCCAGAGGGUGCUCUUCGUUGCCUUCGAAGACUUGCUUGAGCGGCCUAGAGACGAGAUCCGAAGGAUCGGCACGUUCAUCUCUCCCCACGGCCGCAUCUCAGACGCCGCCCUCGCUGUGGCACACAACCACUCCACGAGAAGGUUCAUGCAGGAGCACAUCUCGCAAUUCGAUGACCACUUCGUGCUAAAGCACCUCAAGCCCUUCGAGGAGGAGGUCAUGGCAUACGGACGGCUUCCACGAAUUCCAAAGAUUUGGACAGAGAGCCUGCCCCAGUGA